UCCCUCUCCCCGAGGUGGGUAGCGUGUGCCAAGGAGCGAGCCCUCGAUCGAUCGCUGCCAAUGCCGUCGCUUCACGUCGAUUGCACCCAUGUACAGAAAGUGGGUAUCGUAGAAUUCGUUCUGUUACAGGAGAUCGUGGAAAGAGUUCGGUUCUGUUGCUGGGUACGGGAUGGGUUGCGUCAGAAAGAACGUUCUUUCGGUGGAUGCUGUUGGUGUUUAGUGUCUCACUUGACGAGUGAGACGAGAGUUGUUGGAAGAGGGAAUUUUGCUGUCGCAAUUUCACCAUGACAGGGGUCAUAGUGUGGGUGCGGGUGUGGGUGAUGCUGCUGCUUGCCCUUAGUGGGCUGUUCACCUCUGCAGCGCGGCCGCCGAGACCACUGUUUCCGAUUGGAUUGCUCGGAGGUCGGAAGAAUGUGGGGCAGAGCUCGGUGACGUACGCGGUGGAUUAUUUCACGCAGGUCAUCGACCACUUCAGCUUUCGUAGGGAGGCCUCGUUCCAGCAGCGGUACUUGAUUGAGAAGCGUUAUUGGAAGGGGGCUGCUGACAGAGGUCCCAUUUUUAUGUACUGUGGGAAUGAGGGAGACGUCGAAUGGUUUGCUAAGAACACUGGGUUUCUGUGGGAAAUUGCUCCCUCGUUUGGGGCUCUUAUCCUCUUUCCCGAGCACCGGUACUAUGGGAAAUCCAUGCCGUAUGGGACCAUGGAAGCAUCGUACAAAGAUGCAGACUCUUUGAGCACUUUGACCUCGGAGCAGGCCCUCGCAGAUUUUGCUACUCUCGUAAUUGACUUGAAGAAAAACUUGACAGCUGCCGCAUCUCCAGUGGUUCUCUUUGGUGGUUCUUACGGAGGAAUGUUGGCAUCUUGGAUGCGAUUGAAGUAUCCUCACAUUGCGAUCGGGGCUGUGGCGGCCUCUGCACCCAUUUUGCAGUUUGAAGACAUCGUCCCAAGUGACACCUUCUACAAGAUAGUGAGCGCAGAUUUCAAGCGAGAAAGUGCUAGUUGUUUUAAUUACAUCCGAGAAUCGUGGGGUGUCAUCGACAAGAUUGCCUCCAAGAAUGGUGGCUUACACGAUCUUAGCACCCAAUUCCACAUGUGCCGAGACUUAAACGCUUCGUGGGAGCUUGAAAAUUGGUUGUCAUCAGCCUACUCGUAUGUUGCAAUGGUUGAUUAUCCAAUUCCGACGAAUUUCAUCACGCCUCUUCCAGCUUAUCCUGUACGAGAGAUUUGUCGGGUGAUCGAUAGUUUACCAGAGGGCUCAGAUAUUCUGUCUCGAAUUUUUGCGGGAGCAAGUGUUUACUAUAAUUACAGCGGCCAGGCGGAAUGUUUCCAACCCAGUGAUCCUGGGAAUGAUGACCUCGGAGUGACUGGGUGGGACUGGCAGGCGUGUACAGAAAUGAUCAUGCCAAUGAGCAGCAACUCCAGUAACAGUAUGUUCCAGCCCUACGACUGGGAUUUGGAAGGAAAUAUUCAGUACUGUAUGAAGACUUACGGUGUAAGACCAAGACCAAAUUGGAUCACAACAAAUUAUGGUGGCAAGGAUAUAAAGGCUGUAUUGAAGGACUUCGGAAGCAACAUUGUCUUCUCUAACGGACUGUUGGAUCCCUGGAGUGGGGGAGGAGUUCUGGAAAACAUCUCAAGCAGCAUUAUUGCUCUGGUGGCUCCUGAAGGUGCCCAUCACUUAGAUCUGAGAGCUUCUACCAAAAUCGACCCAGAUUGGUUAGUUGAGCAACGUGCAACUGAAGUCGCAUACAUCACCAAAUGGAUUGCAGCCUACAACAGUGACAAGAAUUUGCAGGGUACAAAGCAUGUGUUGAAGAAUUUCAGUAACGUACAAUAGUACAACACCAAUUGUAACAGUUGCAUUUGGCUUGAAUUGUGUACAAGGGCAAUCCUGUAUAGAUGUUUUCCUUGCACGCUCAAUACUGGUGAUAGAUAUUGGUGAUCCGUGGCAAGUUAUUUGCCAUUGGUGUACCAGAGUGUCUCUGAGCUCUUCCUAGGUGAGUAAAAAAACAUUGAAAAAGAAAGAUGAUCACGUCAUGUAUUUGGAACAUAAGAAGUUAUGUUUGUGUAAAAUUAGAACGAAAUUUCUGUUAGUUUAUUAUUUUUAUACACUGGUAAAAUUUACGUGAUUCCGUUGUA